UUCUGUGAAUUAUGGAAUACUAAAUCCUAGAAAUAUCCCUGAAAAUGACUAAAAGUGGUUUUACUCAUUACCACGUGGUUCUUUGUUGUUCAAUGAAACUAUUGCGUACGUAAUACCGCAUUGCCAUCUGGGAUAGCUUUGACGGGCACUUAUGGCCGCCAUGAUGGAUUUUCAGAAAAUUUUGUGAAAAAUGAAUUUAUUAUCAGGUUUUGGAGUACUAUUUUGAGACAAAAACUAUUCAAUAGGGUUAAGUGAUGUGUACUGUAACUUGGUAUAUUUCUUAAUAUGCUUAAUUGGUAUAUGUAAGACAUUUAAGUCGUUCAAGAAGGAAGGCGACGACGUGGACGAAGCUCAUUAGCAUAAACGAGGUCAGCAAGAUGAGCAAGGUUUCGUUUAGGGCUAGGGCGCUGGACGCCGCUAAGCCCAUGCCUGUGUACAGAGCUGAAGAGAUUCCCGACCUCCCUGAUUUUGCAAAUAUAAACAGAUCGGUACCUGCUAUGCCGACUGGGAUGGAGAAAGAGGAAGAAACGGAACAUCAUCUCCAGAGAUACCUAUCAGCCCAACAAGUUUACGGUACUGCAGAAGCACUUGUCAUCCCUAUACCUGAUGUUGAGACCAUUAAGGAAGAUUAUGAUAAAUUGUAUAAAGGAGAAUUUAAGCCCACUAAACAGUAUAUCCAUAUCCAGGCAUGUGGUAUGGAACAAGAAAUACCUGAUUAUGACAUGGAUAGUGAGGAUGAAUCCUGGGUAGAACAUCAGAGUAAGAAGAUGGAAAUUUCUCCACUCAAGUUUGAAGAGAUGAUGGACAGACUAGAAAAGGGGAGUGGUCAACAGGUUGUCACACUGCAGGAAGCCAAACUUUUGCUGAAGGAAGAUGAUGAUCUGAUCAUAGCUGUGUACGACUAUUGGCUAAACAAACGUUUACGCUUGGCCCAUCCUUUGAUACUUCAAGUGAAAACAGAAAAAAGAGAUGGAUCAACUACUAAUAAUCCAUAUGUUGCAUUUAGAAGGAGAACAGAAAAGAUGCAGACUAGAAAGAAUAGGAAGAAUGAUGAAACUUCUUAUGAAAAAAUGUUGAAAUUAAGACGAGAUCUCAAUAGAGCUGUAACACUCUUAGAAAUGAUCAAAAGAAGAGAGAAGACCAAGAAAGAAAUGGUUCAGUUGACAAUAGAGGUUGUAGAUAAAAGGUAUGCAGCAGAAGAUUAUGAAGGUAAAAUGUUGGAAGAAGCAGAAGCAUUAAGACACAAAAUGCCAUCUUUUUUGUCACCAUAUACCUAUGGAGGAGGUUGGAGUCAGGAGGAAAUGGUGGUUAAAAAGAAAAGAGAAUACAGAAAGAGGAAACAUAAACAAGUGAUACAGCAACAGAGAGAGCAUACUGUAACAAGUGUUCAACAAUCUCAUUAUAAUGAUAUUGAUGUUCUACACCCCGACUUCAGUUCUGAAGAUGAAGGACUUUCUCCGGGUAUGUCACCUUCUGAUCAUGAAGAGGAGAACGACCCAGAUGGUCUGUUUGCCUUCAGGAGGAAGAGGAACUGUCAUUAUCAUGCUCCAAUCUUAAAUCGACUUGGAAACUGGCCUUGGUGCAGUCAAGAAGAUGGUGGAAUGGGAGAAAAAAAAUACAGAUAUAACUUAACCUCCUUGUCUCAACCCCCACGCUGUAUAGGAUUUGCACGUAGGCGGUUAGGUAGGGGAGGGAGGGUAUUGUUAGACAGAGCUUUCUCAGACUGGGACGAGCCAUUGUAUAGAUCAAAUUUUUCAUCACAGGGGACAUCAUUAGGGGAAGAUUACAACUCAUACAUCAGGGAAAAUAGAAUACCAUAUUUUCGUCCACAUUCACCUACAGAAGAAGAUCACAAUUUCAAAGAUCGAAUUUCUGGUGAUAAACUAGAAGAAGAGUUUAAUCUAGAAAGCUUUCAAUCUCAUCGAGAACAGUUAUUACAAAUGCAGAGAGAUCAAGAAGAGCAGUUGUUAAAACAGACGACUUGUGACUUUGAAAGUGCUGGAUGUUCGGGUUUAGAUCAGUCUUUCUCAUCUCAGCCCACAUCCCGGUUUAUGUUAGAUUCGGCUAGUGCUAAAUUUGCUGUGUCAGCAGUGAUGAAUACGACACAGGUUCAGACUAAAAAAACUGGUGCUAUAUCAUCUUUAUUAUCAUCUACAUCAUCGUCAUUGGCAACAUCUUCAUUUUCACAACCAGCAGCAGUCUCAUUACAACCAAGUUGUGUUACAUUAACAAAUGGACCAAUAUCAGACAGUAAACCCACAGGUCUUUCAACAUCACCAGCAGCAACUGUUUUACAGCUGAACUUUCCAAUAACAAACAACAAUAAAAAUUCGUCCAAUCACAAUUUGGUCUCAUCGACCGCUACAAGUCUUUCAUCAGUGCUAAUGUCAACACAGUCAUUCCUGCCAGUCCAGACAAUUGGCAAAACUGUUCAAUCAGCUAACCAUGUCAAGAUAUCCCCUGCCAACUUUACACAUAAAUUGACAAAGACAGAAGAUGGGAAGCUGAAUAGUAUAAUACAUUCUGAUAAAAUAGUGGCAAUGGAUGUAACCUGAGAGAGUCAAACGCAGUAGAAUGGUUUAUAGAUGGUGCCCUUCUGUCAACAACAGACAUACGCUAGUCAGAGGGAGAUAUCAGUCAGCUGACAACAUAAUUGACGCCAUAUGCCCCAGGAAGAAAUUUAGUUCCGUCAUCAAAAACAAUUUAAUGAUUCAGCUGCUAUGGAAAAUUAGAUGUGUGCAUAAUAGGACACUCAUUUUGCUUGCAUAUUUUUAAUUAUGUUAAGUUUUCUAAAAAAUCAGGAAGAGAAAUGAUGCAAAACUGCAUGCAGAAAAAAGCUAUUUAAUAUCAAACAUCAGCUACAUCAUUUUUUAUAGUUUCAAAAUAAUAUUUGAUUAAAGACAACAAUAAUCAUGUGAUGACAAUGUUAUUUCUGGUAAAGAAGAAGAACACAUGGGAUGGUUAGGGACAGUAGUCAAAGGGAGAUUUUCUAUGUUCUUAUUUGUUAAAUAUAUUAUACUUUUAUUGUCUUGUGUUUGUAGUAAGAGCUAUUUCUGUGUAAUUUAACACCUUUUGAUAUGUUAUACAUUUUUACUGUGGACUCGAUAUGAACUAGGUGGUCAUGUUAGUACAAUAAGGGAGUCCAUAAGAGAACUAAGAACAUAAAUUCAACAUAAGUUCACUUUCAAAAGUAAGCUAGUAAUUGUAUGCUUCCCAGCAAAAAUAGGUCAGUUUGACCAAACUGAGAACAUUAAAUUGCCAAAUUAAAGUUUCACAUUUGAGUUCAAUGAAUUUAUUUUGGUAUCCAAAGUAAAUCUUUGUUUCACAGAAGUAACCUACAACUAAAUAACUUUAUGCUAAGAUGCAAACUAUUACUUUGAAUUUCUGCUUUGUUCAACCGUCUUUUUAAUAUAUACAUAUAGCUCUGCUUAUUGAUAGGCGUAGGAUAUUUCCUUGUGAAACACUUCAGUUCAAAAUCAUUUUGAUCUGCUUAUUGAUAGGUGUAGGAUAUUUCCUUGUGAAACACUUCUGUUCAAAAUCAUUUUGAUCUGCUUAUGGAAAGGCGUAGGAUAUUUCCUUGUUGUUAACCACUUCUGUUCAAAAUCAUUUUGAUCUGCUUAUUGAAAGGCGUAGGAUAUUUCCUUGUGAAACACUUCUGUUCAAAAUCAUUUUGAUCUGCUUAUUGAUAGGUGUAGGAUAUUUCCUUGUUGUGAAACACUUCUGUUCAAAAUCAUUUUGAUCUGCUUAUUGAUAGGCGUAGGAUAUUUCCUUGUUGUGAAACACUUCUGUUCAAAAUCAUUUUGAUCUGCUUAUUGAAAGGCGUAGGAUAUUUCCUUGUGAAACACUUCUGUUCAAAAUCAUUUUGAUCUGCUUAUUGAAAGGUGUAGGAUAUUUCCUUGUUGUGAAACACUUCUGUUCAAAAUCAUUUUGAUCUGCUUAUUGAUAGGCGUAGGAUAUUUCCUUGUGAAACACUUCUGUUCAAAAUCAUUUUGAUCUGCUUAUUGAAAGGUGUAGGAUAUUUCCUUGUGAAACACUUCUGUUCAAAAUCAUUUUGAUCUGCUUAUUGAUAGGCGUAGGAUAUUUCCUUGUGAAACACUUCUGUUCAAAAUCAUUUUGAUCUGCUUAUUGAAAGGUGUAGGAUAUUUCCUUGUGAAACACUUCUGUUCAAAAUCAUUUUGAUUUGUUUAUUGAAAGUUGUAGGAUAUUUCCUUGUUGUGAAACACUUCCGUUCAAAUCAUUUUGAUGCUUCCUUAUAAGUUUUUUGUUUAACAAUCAGUGAAUGAUAAAUCAAAUACAUAAAUAUUGAAUAUACAAACAUGCUUUCAUUUUACUAGUAUUAUACAUUGCCUAAAAAAAAUUUUAUGUCAAAUAUUUCACAAUGUUUAUAACUCAACCAAUUAAGAAAAUAGUUUGUGCAGCAAUUUAAAAAGUAUUUGAAGCAUUCUUAACAGGUAUUUGUUCAAAUUUAGUCCAACAUAUUUCUGCAAGACUUGUAACAAGGGUUGGCGUCAAUGGUUGUUGCAGAUUUGUCUAAUGACUAAUUAGGUAUUUAUUUUGUGACUAUGACAAAGGAGAUCCCCUGUUUUUUUGUAUUAUAGUACAUAAACAUUUACUUCUUUGGUACUUUCAACCUACAAUCAUACAACUAUUUUAUAUGGUCUACAUGUUCUACUUCAUGUUGUAUGGUGCUGACCAUAGGGGAACGUACAUUUGAACAGUUUGUUGUAUAGUGUAUAUCACUUAAAAGGGAACAAUAUUGUGUGCAAUUAUUUAUUUGUAGACUUAAUGUGCAAUGUAAAUUUUUGUUUGUGUGUCUAUAAGUUUAGGUAUUAUUUAAAUAUGUGUCAAGACUUUGGCAGUUCAUUAAAUGAUCAUCUCAGCACAGGGUGUAGGAAUGCUUUUUAAAAUCAAUUAUUUCCUCUAGAUUGUGAAUAGAAAUUUUUAUUCUAAAAAUCUUAAAACAUGAAAUUACUGUUUUGUAUUUUGAAAAUACGUUUUAAACAGUCAGAAUGUAAAGAGUUUUUUAGAAUAUUAUGGUAGAUAACUUGUUGGUGUUCUCAAUUUAAAAGUUAUAUUUUUACUUUCAUACUUUGUGCAUUUACCAAGGAAUUGUAUUGAAAAAGAAACUGACUUAAUUAAUAUUUAUCCUGCAUGACUUAACUUAUUGGAUUUUUUCAUUCCUGUUGGAAGUGUCCAAACAAAACUAGAACACCUUACUGGUGUAAUUCCACCAAAAUAUAGUAUAUCACAUCUGGUUUCAUGUUAAAAUAGCACAAAAAUAAAUAAAUAAUCUUCACAAUGUUACAGUUGUAUGAAAUAAAACCUUCAUUUCAUUAUAGAAAAAAACAUCCAUGUGUUAAACAAUAAUUUUGGGGUGUUUUAUAGUUCUCUCUUUUUAUUUGGCGUUUCUGUAAAAUGUUAUAGAAACACAAGAAUGCUUAUAAACAUGAAAAUGAAUGUUGGGAAAUGACAUGUUGACUUUGCAUCAGCAUGGUGGUAAUUUCUUACAUGCAAUGAAACACUUUGUGAAAUGUUCACUGUAGUACAGGAAAAGACUAAACUUUAUUCAGGCAAAGUAUUAUUUAUAUUUGAAACAAAGGUAAAUUCUACACAAUUUUUAGAAAAACUGUUAAUUUAACAUAAUGUAAAAAACAACUUUGGUGGUAUUACCCCUACAAAUUUUAUGUUGAUUAAGUAGUACAUGGUACAGCUUUUGUCAGUUUAAAUUACAUUUAUCAUGAUACUUGUAUUGAGAAUGUAUAAUUGUUAUAUUAACAGUCAUUUUAUGAUAACCAUUAAUAGUUAGUUUAAAAUUCAUAUUUUUAUCAAUUAAUUUUUAUAUAUUUUGUAGAAGUGCCUGGGUUUUUAAUACUUUUGUUAUAUUCAGUAGAAAACAAAUCUACCUCAAGAAAACCGAUUUGUGUCAAAUUCCAUUGGGAAAUCCAUUAUUAAAGAAGAAUUGAAAUAUACUACCUUUGAAUAUAAACAUUGUAAUAACUUUGACAAAUUCAGGUAAAAGACAUUUCCUUUAAAUAGAUAUUACCUUUCAGAAUAAAGUUACAGUUACCUAACUUCAGAAACUAAUUAAGAUUAUAUAUUAUUGCCAAAAAAUAUCUUCAGAUAAAUAAUAAUUUCCAAGCAUGGUAAAACGAAUAAUAAGGCUUUUUAGAGGUAACUAUUUGAAAAUAUGUUAGAUAUAGUUUUCUGAAAAGAAGAUAGACUGUGAUUUUGGUGGUAUCAUAACUUUCAUUUAAUUUAAAAGAUUGAACAAAUUAUUUGUAUCAUUUAAUGAUAAUAACUGAUGAGGGAGAUUGGUAGUAGCACCUUUUUCUGUUUAUUAUUUUUCAUCUGACUUCAAAUUUGAUUAUCUUUUAUUUGGAAUAUUUCUUGAGUGCAAUAUAAACCAGAGUCCCCAAGCCACCUUGGAAAUUAAUUUGGUUUAAAUUUCGACAUUCAGUACCAUAUUUCCAAGCUAUACUUGUGCAAUCAUUGAAAUGUUUGUAAUAGGCAGAAUCUGUGUGCCAAUUUAAAGCACAAAGUUACUGGCUAUAACUUGAGCCUUUUCUGAAGUGUUAGUAAGAAAGGAAUUUAGUUGUAACUUUUCCAAACUUAUAUGUCGUACAAUUUAAAUUAAAUUAUUGUUCAUUUGUCUUUGUCCUCUAAUACAAUCCUAGUGGGAAUUUGGAAAAAACAUGGAUUUUUAUUGUUUCAAAAAGAGUGGAAAUUGUGUAUAAAAUUGUGUAUAAAUUAAUAAAAGUGCCAAUUUGAAAAAAAUAUGUUAAAUGGUUGAGCAACUUGGAUCAUCUUGGAUCUAGCCAAGCAUAUUGGCAGCCAGCUAUUAGUAAAACGCCUCUUAAGGAACCCAGAUCUACAUGUGUGCAUCACAUAUAUAUAUAUUUUCCAUCAAAUUUCGGUCUGAUUUCUUUCUGGAACAUGUUAAUAAUAGGGGUUGAACUUCUUUUCGCAAACUUAUUUAUUAUAAUUUAUGGAUUAUUCUCAAGAAUUUAUAGGGUUUUUGGUUUGCCAUUAUACCAUUAGAAGUAAUGAAUGGAGUGUUUGUCUUUCUUGCUCACUUCUCAAACUAGAUAAAUAUAUCAUGGAAGGUGACAAGCAAAUUGUUUUCAAUCAGUAUUUUUUUUCAGUUAUAACUUUUUUUUUUAAAUCUUGUCCACCAUAUUUGUUAUAUGCCACAUAAGGUAACUCUUUAUUCUGAAUAUGAAUGAAGUCAACAAUGUAGUUAUUGUUUCUGAAAUAAUUUGAGUUAGCCACUACUUGGGGUGUUUAGCUCCCUUGACCGACUGUGAAGCCGUUCUCACAUUACAUUGUUUGAGGAUGUGUGUGAUGAUUGAAAUGUGAAUAUAAGGGCUCAUUCUUGUCAGUUAUUUACUAUUAUUUCAAUUAUCAGGUUGCUUGGGGAUAGAGGGGGGUUCAGAUUUUUGGAAGGGAGUCCAGAUGUUUACAGAUAUAUUUUGAAUUUAUUCAGAUAAAUAUAUUGAUGGAAAAAAUUGUAAGGAAUUAUUCUGUUUCUAUUCAUAGAAUUUAGUUUUUGUUUUUAAGCUUUUAUGAACUUAACAGUGUAUUAAGAAGUUUAUGUAGCAAUAACAAUAAAUGCUUUGAAAACAAAACUGAAUAAAGAAUCAUAGAUUGAGAGUGGAAUGAAUGUAGAUUAUCUCCCUUUGUUAUCUUCCUGUGUUGUAGAUAAUGUAAAAUGUGUUCAGCUGUGAUAGUCCACAAUAAAAGUGGCAGUAACCAAUCAA